AUGGAUAGGAAUAGGAUGAUGAGAAAGCCUCCGCGUGUAGAAGAGUCCUCGUUGAAGCAUGUCUCUUUUCUUGGCAGAGGAAGCUUUGGCUGUGUCUCUCUCCAACGCGAUUCUAACUUCCGACUCUACGCAAAGAAGUCAUCUUCUUCGUUCAAUCAAGUGAAGGAUUUCAAUAAAGAGGUUAGGAUCAUGCUUCGUUUCCGCAAUCAUCCACGCAUCGUCCAAGCCUUAAGCUCUUUUGUUCACUUAUCCGCCCCACCAGACGCAGAAGGAUGUCACAUCUAUAUGGAAUAUGCCUCCAAAGGCACUCUCUUCAAUAUGAUCUCCCGGUUUCGUGGGAGGCCGAUGCCUGAGAAUAUGAUCGGACGCGCCGCUUUUAUGAUCCUACAAGGACUCGAGAUUCUUCACUCAAACGGCUACGUUCACUGCGACCUCAAGCCAGCCAACGUCCUCGUCUUCCCGUCCACCACUGUUGGAGAGCCAUGGUGUUGGAUAUGGGUUUCACCCAGCUUUAACAGGCUUUCCUACAGGCCCACUAUCGAAACAGUCACCCCAAAAACCCAGGAAGGCAGACCAACUAAAGCCCACUUGUCGGGCCGAUUAAGCUCCUAG